GACGACACUUCCGGGCCGGAAGGAGGCGACGGCGGCAGUGCUGGUCACGGCGCGGCCCCGAGUACCGGCGUCGGCGGCCCCCGAGCCCCCAGCCCCCACCGCGGAGCAGCGAGCACCCCGGGCCGGGCGAGGCCAAGCGGCAGCAUGAUCACCUCGGCCGCUGGAAUUAUUUCUCUUCUGGAUGAAGAAGAGCCACAGCUCAAGGAGUUCGCUCUUCACAAACUGAAUGCUGUUGUCAAUGACUUCUGGGCAGAAAUCUCUGAGUCAGUGGAUAAAAUUGAAGUUCUCUAUGAAGAUGAGGGCUUCCGGAGUCGCCAGUUCGCUGCGUUGGUGGCUUCCAAAGUGUUUUAUCACCUGGGAGCUUUUGAGGAGUCUCUGAACUAUGCCUUGGGAGCGGGCGAUCUCUUCAAUGUCAAUGACAAUUCAGAAUAUGUGGAGACUAUCAUUGCAAAAUGUAUUGACCACUACACCAAGCAGUGUGUGGAGAAUGCAGAGCUGGCCGAAGUGGAGAAGAAGCCUGUCGAUGAAAGGCUGGAAGGGAUUGUUAACAAGAUGUUCCAGCGGUGUUUGGAUGAUCACAAGUACAAGCAGGCCAUUGGUAUUGCGCUGGAGACUCGUAGGCUGGACGUCUUUGAGAAAACCAUACUGGAAUCGAAUGAUGUUCCGGGAAUGCUCGCCUACAGCUUAAAGCUCUGCAUGUCUCUGAUGCAGAAUAAGCAAUUCCGUAAUAAAGUGCUGCGAGUUCUGGUUAAAAUCUACAUGAACCUGGAGAAACCAGACUUCAUCAAUGUGUGCCAGUGCCUGAUUUUCCUGGACGACCCCCAGGCUGUAAGUGACAUCUUAGAAAAGCUGGUGAAGGAAGACAACCUUCUCAUGGCUUAUCAGAUCUGCUUUGAUCUGUAUGAAAGUGCCAGCCAGCAGUUCUUGUCUUCUGUGAUCCAGAAUCUUCACACUGUUGGAACCCCUAUUGCCUCUGUGCCUGGAUCAACCAACACUGGGACUGUCCCUGGAUCUGAGAAAGACAGUGACACCAUGGAAACAGAAGAGAAGCCAAGUAGCACUUGUGCUGCGAAGUCUGCAGAAUCUAACCCAGAGCCUAAGGACCAGAUUUCAAAAAUGAUUAAAAUUUUAAGUGGUGAAAUGGCUAUUGAGUUACACCUGCAGUUUUUAAUACGAAACAACAAUACAGACCUGAUGAUUCUCAAAAACACAAAGGAUGCAGUGCGGAACUCUGUAUGCCACACAGCGACGGUUAUAGCAAACUCCUUUAUGCACUGUGGGACAACCAGUGACCAGUUCCUUAGAGAUAAUUUGGAGUGGCUGGCCAGAGCCACGAAUUGGGCUAAGUUUACUGCUACUGCCAGCCUGGGUGUCAUACAUAAGGGUCAUGAGAAGGAAGCUCUACAAUUAAUGGCAACAUACUUACCCAAAGACACCUCUCCAGGCUCGGCCUAUCAGGAGGGCGGAGGUCUCUAUGCAUUGGGUCUGAUUCAUGCCAAUCACGGUGGUGACAUCAUUGACUAUCUGCUGAACCAGUUGAAGAAUGCCAGCAAUGAUAUUGUCCGACAUGGUGGUAGCCUGGGUCUGGGUCUGGCUGCCAUGGGGACUGCACGCCAGGAUGUGUAUGAUUUGCUGAAAACAAACCUCUACCAGGACGAUGCAGUGACAGGUGAAGCAGCUGGUCUGGCAUUGGGUCUGGUAAUGCUGGGCUCUAAAAAUGCUCAGGCAAUUGAGGACAUGGUUGGCUACGCGCAGGAAACGCAGCAUGAAAAGAUCUUGCGGGGCCUGGCUGUGGGCAUCGCCCUGGUGAUGUAUGGGAGGAUGGAGGAAGCAGAUGCCCUCAUAGAGAGUCUCUGCAGAGAUAAGGAUCCAAUCCUCCGUCGUUCAGGAAUGUACACUGUAGCUAUGGCUUACUGCGGCUCAGGGAACAACAAGGCAAUCAGACGUCUGCUGCAUGUUGCUGUGAGUGAUGUCAACGAUGAUGUGAGGCGGGCAGCAGUUGAGUCACUGGGGUUCAUUCUGUUCAGGACUCCUGAACAGUGUCCCAGUGUAGUUUCUUUGCUGUCAGAAAGCUACAACCCACAUGUGCGUUAUGGAGCUGCCAUGGCUCUGGGCAUCUGCUGUGCUGGCACAGGAAAUAAGGAAGCAAUUAAUUUGCUUGAGCCAAUGACAAAUGAUCCUGUGAACUACGUGCGUCAAGGAGCUCUGAUUGCAUCUGCCCUUAUCAUGAUUCAACAGACUGAGAUCACCUGUCCAAAGGUCAGCCAGUUCAGACAGCUCUAUUCCAAAGUCAUUAAUGAUAAGCAUGACGAUGUUAUGGCCAAGUUUGGAGCAAUCCUGGCCCAGGGCAUCUUGGAUGCAGGUGGCCAUAAUGUAACUAUCUCGCUGCAGUCAAGGACAGGACAUACUCACAUGCCUUCAGUGGUGGGGGUACUGGUCUUCACCCAGUUCUGGUUCUGGUUCCCCCUGUCACACUUCUUGUCGUUGGCUUACACCCCAACCUGUGUCAUUGGCCUUAACAAGGACCUUAAGAUGCCAAAAGUCCAGUACAAAUCCAACUGCAAGCCCUCAACGUUUGCGUAUCCUGCCCCUCUGGAGGUACCGAAGGAAAAGGAGAAGGAAAAGGUUUCUACUGCUGUGUUAUCCAUCACUGCAAAAGCCAAGAAGAAGGAGAAGGAGAAGGAAAAAGAGAAAAAGGAAGAGGAGAAAAUGGAAGUGGAUGAGACUGAGAAGAAGGAAGAGAAAGAAAAGAAAAAGGAGCCUGAACCCAACUUCCAGCUGCUGGAUAACCCAGCCAGAGUCAUGCCUGCUCAGCUGAAAGUCCUCACCAUGACAGAGAGCUGCCGAUAUCAGCCUUUUAAACCACUUUCCAUUGGUGGCAUCAUCAUUCUGAAGGACACCAGCGAGGCUCUAGAGGAGCUGGUGGAACCGGUGGCAGCCCAUGGCCCGAAGAUUGAGGAAGAGGAGCAAGAACCUGACCCACCAGAGCCUUUUGAGUACAUUGAUGACUAGGACCCUGAGGACCAGCUCUGCUAAAGAAGAUUCUUUGUCUGAUAUUGGAAACACACACGAGGAAAUUCCUAUGGAGACCUGCCAUUCAGUGCAUGCCGCAUCACCUCUGCGCUGACCUAACGGAGAUGGUCUGUGGCUUGAGUGCAGAAGCGAUAUAUGCUAUUUAGUGUUACUCUUUCACAAAACUUUGUUUUCAAAUGAAUAUAUUAAAACCUCUUGAUGGAAAACUUG